GUGGUCUCAUGAGUGUUGCGUAACGCGAACAGAAUGGUCACGUGUUCGUCGGAGUAAACAUUACUCUGAGACAUGGUGCUCCAUAACACGAUGUAUUUUGAGUACAUGGGAAGAUCAACAUAAAAUGGUAGGGAAAUCCACUGUAGUCGCCGUGACUAAGUAUUUCCCAGCAGCAUGCGUGCUAUUAUGUUUAAUUUCUCUAUAUUCUAUCAUUCCUGACGAGGAAGCCAUCAUUGCUACGUCAUCUUGGUAUGUUAACACCAGUCAACCAGCGCAGCAUGCCAACUUCGACUUUUUAAUCAGUCAGUCGCAUCGUUGUGAGGGUGCUAAUGGCGACGUGCUUCUCGUCAUACUCGUUCACAGUAAACCAACAGAGAGGGCGAUGCGCACGGAAAUUCGUGAAAGCUGGGCAAGCGAAAAACAAGUGGACGGGCAAGAAAUAGUGACAUUGUUCGUUCUCGGUAGAAGCAAUGAUGACAGACAACUUAAUGAUGACUUGGUAAAUGAAAAUAAAAAAUAUGGUGACAUUAUAUUGGUCGAUUUUAUAGAUAGUUAUGAUAAUCUUACUCUUAAAACUGUCGCUUGUCUUCAGUGGACAUCUCAAUAUUGUCGCAAAUCUAAAUACUUUCUAAAAAUGGACAGCGACAUGAUGGUGAACAUUCGCGCAGUCGCCAAAUUUCUCCGAACAGCGCCCUCAAAAGGUUUCGUUACCGGAGAAGUCGCCUACACUUCCCCGAUUCGUUUUCGUUUAAGAAAAUGGCACGUCUCAAGAAAGGAAUAUCCGUACUCGAAAUACCCACCCUAUAUGCUGGGUACGUAUCUUCUGUCAAUGGACGUAGUGCAACAACUUUACGCGACUGCAAAACACACCAUGUUCUAUAGAUUCGAAGACGUCUACAUCGGCAUUUGUCUUCGAAAAAUAAAUUUGACGCCAAGGUAUGAUGAAAGAUUUCAAGUAAACUUUGCUGCGAAGACUGGUCGGACUGGCUGCGAGAUGAAGAAGCUAUUUGUCGGGCAUCACGUGGUUCAAGAGUACGUUCACCGAGUGUGGGAAGACAUGUUGGACGUGAACAAAGUGUGUUGA